UAUUAACCAAGAUGAGAUCCCAAAUAGCUCUGUUCCUUGGCUUGGUGGCCCUCGUUGCGACUUCCUUGGGAGCUGGCACCGGUCCCGCCACGCCCCCUGCUUCCGCAACGCCCCCUGCUUCCGCAACGCCCCCCGCUGCCGCUACUCCCGCUGAUCCUGCUACCCCCGCUGAUCCGACCACGGCUACAACAACGUCGUCUGCAGCGUCGGCCACCACCACCAGCACCACUGCAGCCACCACCACGGCAUCCACCAAGAAGAAGGCCACCGUCAUCCACUACGAGCGCAAGAUCAAGAGGCCAAGAACGAUCCGUAAGAUCCACCACAAAAGUGGAGGUGCGAAUAAGGAUUGAAGCAGAUUCCCGAACUCGAACCCUCAGACCCAAAAGAUUUGGCUAGGCGACUCUUAAGCAUAUAUUUUUUAACACCUUUGUUAUUUUACUUGUAUUUUAGUUUUUAUUACAUUCGCAAAAUUAAAUGAAAAAAUUUAAUGGUCCAUGUGUUAAUAAGAGAUCUGAUUAUAAUUAGAUUAAAUUAAAAAAGUGAAC